CAUGCUGGAGCCAAGUGCUGACAUGCCUUGGUUCAAGGGGUGGCAAGGCCCCCGAAAGGAUGGCAAUGCCAGUGGAGCCACGCUGCGUGAAGCUCUGGAUUGCAUCCUGCCACCGACUCGUCCAGCUGACAAACCCUUGCAUUUGCCUCUUCGGGACGUCUACAAAAUCGGUGGUGUGGACACUGUCCCUGUGGGCCGAGAGAGAGGUGUUCUCAAACCGGGCAUGGUGGUCACCUUUGCUCCAGUCAACGUUACAACUGAAGUCAAGUCUGUUGAGAUGCACCAUGAAGCAUGGAGUGAAGCUCUCCUGGGGACAACGUGUGCUUCAAUGUCAAGAACAUGAAUGUAAAAGA